UGUGUUUUGAAACGCAGCCGGUGUCUGAGCAUGUGCUGUUACUGCUGCAGUAGAGUAAAAUAUGUCAGUUAUCACCGGACAGCGGCGAGAGGACAGAGAGAGCCGGCUACAAAUGUACUCUGAGGGGCAACCGGUGCAACGAGUUUCUGUUUAAUUCUUCUGUUUAACAACAAAAUGAACCCCGGCUCCUCUACAUCUACAGCAGCGGAAGAAUAAUAAGUACAUGAGUACCACAUUAGCAUUGGCAUCGGCAGCAAAGCUCAGAAGUACCGCUCUCUUUGGACCCUGACAGACGGUGUGGAGUGUGGACAGUGAGACUGCCAGACAGCAGCCUAUACGUCAAAAUAAAAGGAAGAUGAUCAACAUGGCAAACACAAUGACCCCUGAGCCCCUUACAGCCCUCUCUCGAUGGUACUUGUAUGCCAUCCAUGGUUACUUCUGUGAAGUCAUGUUCACGGCCGCCUGGGAGUUUGUGGUGAACUGCAACUGGAAGUUUCCCGGCGUGACGAGCGUGUGGGCGCUCUUCAUCUACGGAACCUGCAUCCUGAUCGUAGAGCGCAUGUACCUUUGUCUGCGGGACCGCUGCAAUGUGCUGCUCCGCUGCAUCAUUUACACACUGUGGACAUACCUGUGGGAGUUCGGCACGGGUUUGCUGCUACGACAGUUCGACGCUUGUCCAUGGGACUACUCAGAGUUUAAAUAUAACUUCAUGGGCCUGAUCACGGCAGAGUACGCUGUGCCUUGGUUCUGCGCCUCCUUUAUCGUAGAACGCCUAGUGAUCCGCAACACGCUCCGGUUGCGCUUCGACGAGGCCGCCGAUCCCGGCCAGUCUGAAGAACGUUCGGACAGAGGCGGUGGAGGACGAGGAGGCGGAGGGCGAAGAGCACGAGGGGCCAGAGCAGGGGCCACCAGCACAAACGGCUACGUGAAGGUGGAUUGAGGAUGUUGUCAACACCUAUCCCCAUCUCAAAGCUCCCGUCACCCAUGACUCUCUCCGCACAUCUCUCAACCUCUCUCCCACUUGCUUCCAGGGAAAGAGUUGCUCGGACACAGCUGGUGCAGCUCCAACAGAGACAGUUGCACAACUGUGAGGAACUUUCUGAUUUAUCGUCCAGCUGGCGUUCUUCGCUCUUGUGGAGGGACGUUCAUUUGCCACCUCAGUGCUCAACGUUUACUGCUCUUGCUUUGGGUGAGUAGCCAUUAAGUUAAAGGUUUGUCUGUAGGAGUGGUGCCUGAUGGCAAAAUGAGAAUUGAUCCUCCACCUCUACCACCAUACUGUACCUCCCAAACCAGUCCAUUCACUCCGACACUCUGGGAGGGGACAAACAAAAUGACUUGUGUUCCCUCGUCCAAAACAAAACAAAACAAAAAACAGGAAUGCAAACAGAUCACUUGUAGAGAGAUUUAGAUUAUAAACAGUGUGUAUGAUGUAUAUGUAGUAGCAAAAGCAAAUAACUGUUAGGA